AUGCGAGGUGAAAAGUUCAUCCCGCUACAUAUAAUUGAAGAGGAUAGUUACGAAAAGGACGUCCUGUUUUAUGUCAACCUCGGCGACCCGGAGCUGCUUGGGGAGGUGUUCGAAACAUUCCUACCAGACGCAUCAGCCUCCGUGGCGGUACAGUUCUCACCCGAUGAUGACAACCCUGUGGCGACUGGAAAUGAAGCCAAUCAUCUAGCAACCCUACCGGAGGAGGAAGCAGUGGUCGCCAUGAUGGGGUUGCCAAGAGCUGGGGAAAUUACUAGAGCUCAGCUCAGGAUUAAAGAGAGCAAGGAGUUUAAAAACACAGUAGACAAAUUAGUUCAAAGAGCGAACGCAUCAAUUAUCAUAGGCACGUCUUCGUGGAAGGAACAGUUUUCAGAAGCGUUAACAGCAAGCUCAGAUAUCGGUGGCGGUUACGUCUGUUUCGUGGUUUCGAUCAUUUGCAUCGGUAUAGUGACGGCGGUGAUUGGCGAUGUGGCCUCACACUUCGGGUGCACCCUGGGCAUCAAGGACUCAGUCACAGCUAUUGUGUUUGUUGCCUUGGGAACGAGUAUUCCUGAUACCUUCGCGAGCAAGGUGGCUGCGUGUCAAGACAAAUAUGCAGAUGCAUCAGUAGGGAACGUGACAGGAUCCAAUGCAGUCAACGUGUUCCUCGGUAUUGGAGUCGCGUGGACACUGGCUGCUAUUGUCCACUGGAGCAAGGGCGAAAAGUUUUCUAUUGACCCUGGAAACCUAGCCUUCAGCGUGACGAUGUACUGUUCCGAAGCCUGCAUAGCAGUCUUAGUCCUCGUUCUGCGAAGACGGAAAAGCAUUGGAGGGGAGCUCGGAGGUCCCAAGGUCAUCAAGAUCAUCACCUCCAUGUUUUUCUUCUCCCUCUGGCUGGUCUACCUCACCAUGUCCAGCUUAGAAGCCUAUGACGUCAUCCCAGGUUUCUAA